UUUCUUUGACGGAGGCGGUACUCACGCGGCUGUUCUCACGCGCAUGCAGAUGCUCUGUUAUCGGCGCUCAUCGAGAUACAAAUUUUACGUAAAGUUCGCUGGCCAAUUGGAGGAAGUGCGCGUGCUGGAAAGUUGUGCGUUUUGGGCCAUAAAACACAAUUAAAAGUGCUAACGAGUGGGCGAAGCCAAGUAACCGAAUAACCGAAAAUAAAUUCAAACAGCGAACGCAAAGAAAACAAGCUGUUACGGCUUUAAAGAUUUUAUUGGCCCAUUGUGUGCGUGUAAUUGCCUUGAUUGAUAACCGCUGACAGCGACUUUUGCACCCAUGUAAGCGCCCAAAAUUCAAGAAAUUAUAUUAAAAGCUGUCUAGUGGCAAGUGUGACCAAAGUGCGUUAGAAUUCAAUAAGUGAAGAAGCAGAGGAAUUCGGGCGCUCAUUCCCCCGCUUUUUUACGCUUUGUUAGUGACGAGUGCGAGUUGAAAAGUUGAGGAAUUUUCAAUUAAAAUUACACACAGAAUCAAUGCAAUUAUAGAGACGAUUGCAAAGUGCGCACUCGAUGCAAUAAAAGCAAUCGCUUUAAUGGAUUAAUUGAGCCUGAAAGAAAUUCCUCGACAUAAUUCCAAAGUUCCUGCAAAGAAGUUGGAAGUAUCUGUAUUGCAAGUGCUGCUCCACGAAAAGGUAUGUGUGCCGUUUUCCAAAGUUAUCUGCCCGAAAAAUCCGAAUUACGAAUGCUGUGAUACCCAAAACGAUGCUAUAAUUGCCAUCGGGCUGCCAGGCAGACAGAGAAACCCCCACUGGAGGACACUUCAUCUACAGCCAGAACCCUUCCGUUGCCGAGAUGUCGGACAUGAAAUGGUGGUAACAGUCCUGCACCACAAACUGGUCAACAAGUAAUUAUCGAGUCGAUAGAAAAGGGGAAGAGCCUUCAAAGAGUCAACACAAAAUGCCUGACCACACGAGAGUAACCGCAACGACAAGGAGUAGGCCAUGGCUUAGUGGAGCCAUCCCAGUGCUGCUCCUCCUGCUGAUUCUCGUAAUCCUGCCUCUGGAAUCCACCGCCUUCUGCCCCUCGAAGUGCCAGUGUCUGGGCGGCGAGGCCAAUAGUAGAGCGUUGUGCGUGGACGCCGCUCUGGAGGAUGUACCCAUUCAAUUAAAUCCGGAGACGAAAUACAUCAAUCUCACAGUGAAUCGAAUUCGCACCUUGGAAUUCUCGCUGCCAUUUUACAUGAAGCUGGAGAUCCUGGAUCUCUCGCAGAACAUCAUUGAAACGCUGGGCUCCAAGAAUUUCGAGUACCAAUCGGAACUGAGAACGCUGAAUCUGAGCCGCAAUUUGGUCAGUUCGCUGCACAAACAUGCCUUCAAGGGAUUGACCAAUCUGCUGCUCCUGGAUCUCAGUUUCAAUCGCAUUGAGACAGUGCAUCCCACCGCUCUCAGUGAUCUGGCCUCGCUGGUGGAGCUGGAUCUUACCAAUAACAAUAUUGUCAGCUUGGAGGACAACUGUUUCAAGGGCAUGAACACGCUGGAGGUUCUCGUGUUCCGCAAUAAUCGAUUGCUAGACGUACCAGCCACCAAUCUUUGGCAUUUGCAUGCCCUCAAGAGCCUGGAUAUGUCCUUGAAUCUGGUCGAGUUUGUGCGGAAUGACAGUUUCGAGGGCUUAAAAGAGCUUUUGGCCCUCAGCGUGCAGGGCAAUGUGAUGAGCGAACUGGAUUUGAGUGCUUUCGAGGGACUGAUAUCCUUGAAACAUCUGGAUCUGUCCGAUAAUAAUCUCACGAUGGUGCCUACACAGCAGCUCUCGAAACUCUCGAACCUCACCUAUUUGAACCUGGGCGGCAACCGCUUUUCCCAGCUGCCCGCCGUCGCCUUCCUCAACCUGUUUCAUUUGCGCGAAUUGCAUUUGAGCCGGCUGGACUUCUUGCAGCGCAUCGAUUCGAGAGCCUUUGUGGACAACACCCACUUGCAGACGCUGCACCUGAACAACAAUCCCCAGCUGAGCGACAUACCGAUGCGCCUGUUCCAGGGCAACCCCAACAUCCUGGAGGUCUACAUGCAGAGCAACAGCCUGCAGACCUUGUACUCCGCCCAGUUCCCGGUGGAUCAGCUGCAGAAGCUCUACCUGGGGGACAACCCGCUGCAGUGCAACUGCUCGCUGCUGUGGCUCUGGCGCUUGGUAACCGGCAACUUCGAGGGAGUAGAUCCCGCCAUGGAGCACGCAGCUGGUGGGGCGGUGGCUGCUCUGGCCAAGGAAGCCGAUGACGAGGAGCAGGCGGAUGAGGCCACCGCCGUGGCCUCCACGGAUGAUGGAGUGGCCGCCUUGGCUGCCUACAUAGCCGAGCAGCAUAUAGUGAAUGCCCUGCACACCACCGAGCCCAGUGCCUAUGAGCUGGCCACGUCCGCCUCGAACAGGAACUCCGGCAUCCUGCGCAUGGAUCGCCAGCAGAUUGGCUGCGACAUCUGGCGGGACAAGGUGCGAACGCGGAGGAAGCUGCUGACCAUGAGCGAGGGCGAGAUCACCUGCCCCGCCCACAUUGUGACCGUGGUCUGUGCGGUGAUCACCUGCCUGCUGGUGGCCAUGAUUGGCAUCAGCGUGCUCUACUACCUGCGCUUUGUCAAGCGGCGGAGGAAGUUGCUCCACGAACGCGGUCCCAUGCGCACCAGCAAGAGCAUCAUCAACGUUCACGAUCGCAUCCUGCAGGGUCACAAUCCCGGAGGUCUCGGCCUUGGCAUGAGCAUGACCCUGGGCGGCGGUAACCAUGUCAACGGCUUGGGCAUGACCCUCAACUAUCCGCAUCAUGCCCAAACCCUGCAGGCGCACCACCACUACCAUCAGGCCAUGCCACUGCAGUCCCAUGGGGGCAAUGGCAACCAUGAGUACCAGCAGACGACUCUGCCACAACUGGACAAGCUGGAACUGGAGCGCUACCUGGCGGCCCAGACCAUUGCCAAUGAGUACCGGGCAUUGAAGCCCUGGGAACUGCCCGUUAAGGAGGCGGACGAUGAGCCGGAGCAUCUCUACGAGCGGUUCGAUCACUACGAGUAUCCGGACACUCACACCAUGAGCAAGCUGAAGCAGGCGGCGUCCUUGAACCACUCCAACUCCUCGGCUGGUCCUUCGCCCGUUCCCCCCUCGUCCGGCAAACCGCAUGUGGUCUACGUAUGACGUGGGCGUGGCACGGGCGAGCGGGUGUCCCAGACUAAUACGGAUAUCGAAAUGGUCGGGCUGAACCAUCUCCACCUCCAGCACCACCACCACCACAACAACAAUAACAACUAUCGGGGCUGUGUACAGAGCGCCAAGGCCAGUGGCCAGUUCUGAGUUGGCUAAAUCCAGGGGGUUUACACAAGCGAAAACAGGGAAAGUGAGAGGUUAGUUUAAGGCGGGUUUAGGAGAGGAUGUAGCCACUAAAACUGGUAGCUUCUAGUGGGAAAUUUCGAUGAUGCAUUAGAUGCGAUUAAAGUGAUCUUCGAUCAGAUGCGACUGGUUUUCCUAAAAUCAUAAGCAGAUGGGUAGGAGGGAUGGCUAAUGUAACUAUGAUUUUUCGAAAAACUUCUAGAAAUCUUCUGCAUUAUCGAGAUUUUUCACUAAUGCCACACCAUAGUGAUUUACCUUUGUUAACUUUUUUUUUCGAAUAAAACCACAAAGUUUAACAAGCGUCAAAUGAAACAAGGGAUAUGUCUACGUGUAUAGAAAGCAUACAAAUACUCUUAACUACCUACGGAUAACAGAUAUAUUAGAAAUGUAUACUAACCGCUAAGCUAAGAGACGAAUACGAUUUCAAAGAAACCAUUUUGCUGGCCCCAAACUAAGCUAAGCUGCAUUCAAAUCUCACUCACUCUUUCUCUCCCACUCAUAGUUAAAAUGGCAUUUAGCAUUCGAAUACUCUAGAUAGCAUUUAGCGAAUAAGAACUUAACAAGUGAAUUUAAAUAUAUAUAUGAAUAUUUGAAUAUAUAUUAGGUAUAACGAUGUAGCAGGGUGCAAGCUAAAGGAUUUGAUUCAUGAAUUUACUGAAUAUGUCUUCAACGUUUGGGAUAUACGGAGAGCAAGACACACACUUUGGCAGACAAAUAAACUAAUGGGGACCAAAUAGUCCAGUCCAGUCCAGCCUAGAACUAACUGAAUGAAUCCAACUGCCAAAGAAUCCAACUGUCUAUUGGCAUCCAUUAUCCUGCUGAAGCAUAUUCCCAAGUUUCCUAACUUUAGCACACAUCUCGAAUGACAAUAUGCAAAAUAUUAAGUGGAAAACGAAAAACUAAAAAUUAAAUUAUAACACCUAUAUUAUCUUAGUGAGCCAGAACUCAAAGUUGAUGAAAUUAUAAAUAUAAUUUGUAAAUAUCCCACAAUGGCGAUGCACUCAGCCACUCAGCAGAGUGCUUGAACGUUUACUGUAAAUAAUUUAUGGAAUGCAUUUUAAAACAUUAGUCAAGUGCAUAGAUUAUUGAUUUAAGAAUAAAUGAUUUCCAAAAAGCAAUAACUCAGAAUCAAGGCUCGUUCGUUGUUAUUUUUCGGUUGAGUUUGAUUUGCGAAUAAUAAUUUAAUUAAAUGCGACAACAGCAAGGCAAAUAGCAAAUAGCGACCAAAACUAACCGGUAUUUGCAUAAAAUAGCCACACAAACACACACACACACAUACACACACAAACACAUACACAGUGCACACAAAAAGCCAGUGUAAAAAUAUUUCUAAAAUAAAAAGCAUAUGCGUAUGUACUAAAUAAGUAAAAUCAAAAAGCAGGCUGGCUAUGCACGAAAUGCAUUUAGGAAAAACCGACAGAAAAUACAAUUUGAACAUAAAUAAAAAGCAGUUUGUGUAUAAAAGGUGCAAAAAGAGCAAGGGAAAAGGCAAAUUGAAGCCAGGCAAACGUAAGUUUAAAUCUAAUAAUAUGAUAUACAUACGCAAAAAUAUUUAAUUAAAUGAUAGAGACACCCACAGCAACAGCAACAACAACAACAAAAUGUUAUUUCUUAUACGAAGACUGAAGAAAAUGAUGAAGCGAAA